UGAAGCAACAUUUGUCAUUUGCUUUAAAGAAAAUGACAAAGUUAAUAAUUGAUUAGCGUACGUCAUGGACAGUCUGCAAUUUUCUAGUUAAAGUCUCUACGUAAAGCUCGUCGAUCACUUAAUUAUGAACUCUUUUCAGAUCAAAAUUUAAAAAUGUCUACGGAGAAAGAAACAAACGGACGCUGCCAACUAUCGGUGGAAAAUGCUAUUGAUGAAAAUGAGAAGAGUCAUGGAAGCCUCAAUAAGUAUGCCUUUGCCUCAGUGAUGGCUGCUUCUAUUAUCUCCACUGUAUUUGGUUAUGUUGUGGGAGUGAUGUCUGGAGCACUGGUAUUUAUAAAGGAAGAUCUUCAAAUCAGUGACUUGCAAGUGCAGAUACUAGCAGGCACCUUACAUGCGUGCGCACUACCUGCAUGCAUGGCUGCCGGAAGAACUUCCGAUUACAAAGGUCGCCGCUUCGCCAUCAUUCUAUCUUCCAUCAUCUUCUCAUUGGGUUCCAUUCUAUUGGCCUAUGGUCCAUCCUAUCUCAUCCUCAUCAUCGGAAACUGCAUUCUCGGAAUUGCCGUAGGUUUUGCACUCAUCAUUGCACCAGUUUAUUGUGCAGAGAUUUCACCUCCUUCCUACAGAGGCUUCCUCACCUCUCUCCCAGAACUUUCCAUCAACAUAGGGCUCUUGCUUGGCUACGCCUCAAACUACUUCUUAGAAAAAUUGUCCCUCAAACUUGGAUGGAGGAUGAUGCUUGGUGCUCCUACAGUUCCUAGUCUUGCCCUAGCCAUUCUCAUGCUGAAAUUGGUGGAGUCUCCAAGGUGGUUAAUCAUGCAGGGACGUGUAGGUGAGGCCAGGAAAGUGCUUUUACUAGUCUCUAACACUAAGGAAGAAGCUGAACAACGGUUGAAGGAAAUAAAAGUUGCUGUUGGCAUUGAUGAAAACUGUGCCCUAGACAUUGUUCAGGUUUCAAGGAAAAGUCGCAGUGGUGGGGGGGCUCUGAAGGAACUGUUUUGUAAACCUUCACCACCUGUGCGUAGGAUACUGAUUGCAGCGAUUGCAAUUCAUGCGUUCUUGCAGUUGGGAGGAAUCGGGGCUAUUUUGUUAUACAGUCCAAGAAUCUUUGAGAAAACAGGAAUCACUGACAAGAGCAUGCUCAUGCUAGCCACGGUUGGUAUUGGAGUCAGCAAAGUUAUAUUUUCAUUUGUAUCAAUAUUUUUAUUGGAUAAAGUUGGGAGGAGGAUUCUCUUGCUGGUUAGUGCAGUAGGUAUGGUUGUGACCUUGUUAGGGUUAGGUAUUUGCUUGACCAUAGUGGAGCGAUAUUCCACUGAAAGAGAAGUGUGGGCGAUAAACUUUACCAUUAUUGUUACCUACGUCCUUGUGGCUUUUAUGACAAUUGGAAUUGGGCCAGUGACAUGGGUUUAUAGUGCAGAGAUUUUUCCCUUGAGGUUUAGGGCACAAGGUCUUGCUGUCUGUGUGGCCGUGAACAGAAUUGCAAAUCUGAUAAUCAUUACAAGUUUCAUUUCAAUUUAUAAAGCGAUUACAAUGGGUGGGCUUUUCUUCUUGCUUGCUGCUAUUAAUGCUUUGGCUUUGUGGUUCUACUACACCUUGCCUGAAACUAAAGGAAGAUCUUUAGAAGACAUGGAGACUAUCUUUGGGGGAAAUUCCAAGUUGGAGAUAUAAAUGAAGCCUCGUUGCAACCAAUAAAAUUUCACUUGUUCCCUUCCUUGUGCCCCCAAUAAAAAAAACAGAGAAUUUUUUUUUUGAACG